CCUACGACCCUGGAAUCGGAGGACGACCCCUCCCCCUGUGCUUUUUCGGGGCACGGCCGGGCCUGUCUGCAGAACAACACUGAAUGCAGGGGUCGCUGGGAGGGCCCCAAUGGUGGCAUCACCAAUUUUGACAACUUCUUCUUCGCCAUGCUCACCGUCUUCCAGUGCAUCACCAUGGAGGGACUCGGACCGACGUCCUCUACUUCGGGUCGACGCCCCCCCCCCCUUUUUCCCCUCCCCCUCCACCCCCCCCAUUCCCUGGGGAGGAUGCAGGACGCCAUGGGCCACGAGCUGCCCUGGAUUUACUUCGUCAGCCUCGUCAUCUUCGGCUCCUUCUUCGUCCUCAACUUGGUGCUGGGGGUGCUGAGCGGGGAGUUCUCCAAGGAACGUGAGAAGGCCAAAGCACGCGGUGACUUCCAGAAGCUGCGGGAGAAGCAGCAGCUGGAGGAAGACCUGCGGGGCUACAUGGACUGGAUCACCCAGGCCGAGGACCUGGAGGGGGACGAGGACGAGCACGAGAAGCACCGCCUGACCGCCGAGGAGCUGAUGGGGAAGAGAAAACCUCGCCUCAAGUGGCUGCGGCACGCCAGCCACUCCACCGACACCCACGCCAGCCUCCCCGGAAGCGAGACGACGUCGGUGAACACCGAGACGGCGGGUGAGGAGGAGGCGCAGCCCAACGCCUGCGACCGCUGCCUGUGAGUGCAGCCCUGGGGUCUCCAGGAACCUCCAGACCCUCCGCAGCCCCCCCACGUUGCUCCCUACUGCGCCUACAGCCCACCCCAGUGCUCCCUGUGGCCCCCCAGCAUCGAGUUUGAGACCCCCCGUGGAUCCUUGUUUUUAUCUCUGGAUACCUCUACACAUCUUCCAGGACCUCAGCAUCGACUUUGAGACCCCCCUGUAGUUCUCUAUCCCCCACCCCAGACCCUAAAAGUGACGUUAUGGCUCCUCUAAUUCCUUACGCACCUCCCAAGACCCCAAAUUUGACCUUAG